GGGCAGAAUUGAGAACCCAUAUGAGGUCCUGGAGGAUAUGCUUGCUGGAGUUGCGAGACCGAGAGAUCUGCCGCUAGCAUUUCUAGAGGACAUCACAAAUAAUUUCUCUGAAGACAGAAAAAUAGGUCAUGGUGGAUUCGGAGCGGUUUACAGGGGUGUCCUCGGAACCCAGAACAUUGCUGUGAAGAAGAUUGUUGUGAACGAAUACACAGUCGAUGAGAGGCUAUUUCGUUGUGAGGUUGAUAGCCUGAUGACGAUCAAAAACCAUCCAAACUUAGUCCGGUUUCUGGGCUUCUGUUCUAAUAAAGCUCGUAUAGUGAAAGACAAGACAGGAUCAGAAGAAUCAUUUUACCCUCAAAUAAUGGAUAUAUUACUUUGUUUCGAGUAUAUCAGCAAUGGGAGCCUUGAUGAACAUAUUACUGAUGAAUUUCGAGGACUCACAUGGGAUAACCGUUUCGAUAUAAUAAAAGGAAUUUGUGAGGGUCUACGUUAUCUUCAUGAGGAUAAAUCUAUCAUUCAUAUGGAUCUGAAGCCAGCAAACAUACUACUUGAUGAUCAUAUGGUACCAAAAAUUACUGAUUUGGUACUUCGAAGGUGGACACACAGGUGGAAUAAAUCGGCGACACGACACCAACAACACCAAGUAAUUAAAUGUAUGGAAAUAGCGUUACGGUGCAGUUUACAGGAACCAGAAAAUAGACCUUCUAUCAAUGAGAUAAUCCGCGAUCUAAGCGAAACAGGAAGUACAAGUGGGUCAAUUAGCCAGAACAAAAAUGCUGAUGGAACACUUAAUUGGGGGAACUGCGUGAACGUUCUUAUAUUAUGGGAUGGAGGGAGUAGGAAGACUAGUCUAUGCCAGCAUGAUGACAUGCUUGGGAUUGAGCCACUGGAGCUGCGUUUCCAUUUCGAGCAUAACAAGCAGAUUUCGUGCUCAGUUGAGCUAACUAACGAGACAAGUAAUUCCACUGCCUUUAACAUCCUAACGCCAAGCGAACAGUACAUCGCUCAGCCAGACAAAGGCAUUGUGCUGCCAGGAGGCAAGCGUGAGGUGAAGAUCACACUUCAAUCACAGGAGAGUGCAACACAAGUUACGAAUGGGGACAAGUUUGUCGUGCAGAGCAUAAAACUGAAGGAGGGUCUAGCAGAUGAGGAAAUUACUGAUCGCAUGUUCAACAGCAAGGGCAGUGAAGUGGUUGAUGAAGUCAAUUUGAUGGUUGUAUAUGAUCCCGAGAAAUACCGAGAAGAGGAAGCCUCCAAGGACAUUGGGCCUAGCAGCUAUGAUAGCUCAAGAUACAUGUAUUUCAACCCACUCGAAAGCAUUUCACGGAAUCUAGCUACAAGCUUGACGAGCGACCAAACCGUGGGUCUCGCAACGGGGGCCAUCGGAAUCCUGCUCCCCAAGCUGAGUGAGCUCCUCAACAAGUACAAUCCAGAUACAAGCAUUAGGAGUGAUGUGGAUUGUGUCAUACAAGAGCUAAGAGUCAUGCGCGCUGAUCUUUGCUAUGUGUCAGAGGUGCAGCGGGACAACAAGAAUGAGCAGAUCAAGUUGGUCAAGCUUUGGGCCGACGAAGUCAGGGAACUGUCAUAUGACAUAGAGGAUGUCGUCGACGGCUUCCUGAUGCACGUCGAGGGCUCAGAACCUGCCACCUAUACUGCUGGAUUGAUGGAGCUCAUACAAAAGAUGAUGACCACGUUAAAAUUGGGAAGUACCAAUCACCAGAUUGGUGGCACGAUAAAAAAAAUCAAGGACCAAAUCCAGAACAAGUCUUUCUGGAAGAGAGAGUACAAGGUUGAAAAGGUUGUACCUUUUGAACGAAGAAAGGUUGCCAAUACAGUUUCCACAAUUAAUGCUCAUCUACUGUCGGCAUUGGCCAACGAUAGCAAUAAACUCGUUGGCAUCAAUGAUGCAAUGAAGGAUUUCACCAAGAGGCUGAGAGGUGUAGAUAAGGAUCUCAAGGUACACUCCAUCUUCGGUAUUGGAGGAUUGGGCAAGACCACGCUUGCCAGAGCUGUGUAUAAUCAGCUCAAAGAGUCCUUGCGUUUGACAGCUUUUGUUCUCAUGGGUCGGAAUCCCGAUGUGAAGAAACUCUUCUACGACAUUCUAUUUGAACUUGACCAAAAGAUGUGUAUAAAGUUGAAAAACAAAGAACUGGAUGAAAGACAGCUCAUAGAUGUACUCAAAAGUCUGCUCAAGAACAACAGGUACACACCACCUACCCUGGUGAAGAACAACAAUAUUAAACGUUUAGAAAAAGCAUGCCCAGAGUUACAGAAUGUGAUGUGUCACCUGAUCCACAUGGGGCUAAACUAGCAACUACAAAAUAUACUCCGUUCAUGCUAAA